GGGAGCGCAGCGCUCGGAGCGCGCUUUUUGAUCCCGGAGUUCGGUCUUUGAGGCUGGACCCGCUCACGUAAUAGUGUCGAUCUCAGGAGAAAAGACGUCUUACCAGCACAUGGAGGGACUGUUGUUGUCCGUUGCUGUGUUGGAAAAACUGCAGGCUGAUAAUGCUGUGCUGAGUCAACAAAAAAAAUAAAGGUCAGGCAUGGUGGAAGAGGACGGUCAUGUGCUGAAGGAGAAAACCGAGAAGCGGACAUCGGAAUGCCACAGGCUGUCUCGCUGCUGCCAUUCCUGCUGGCACUCAUGGGGUUUGCUCUUGCAGGGCUCAAUAUCUGGCCCUCCUUCCACGUUGCCCUCAGCAACGCCAGUGUGUUUGUGGACUUCAGCACAAAAUCCAACGGCACCACCACCCGCCAUUUGAGCCUUUCUCUGGUCAACACGGAAACCAACACCACCCUUCUGACCAGGACCAUCCCCAACAUCCAAUCGGCCGGUCGGGUGGAGUUCAACUGUUCUUGCUUCCUGUAUGCGGGAACUUUCCGCUUCCUGUUGAGGCAGACCAGCAUCCCUGCUGUGUCUCAUGCUAAUGGCACACGCGAGCGUGGCGUGGAGAGGAACACCCAGUGGUGGAGUUCAGAACUGCAGGUGCAGUGGCCCACCUUCCACAUCGGCGUGUACAGGUCCGGAAACCACACCGGAUCAUUUCAGGUCGGGAUUUCCACUAACGAACACUUCCAGGCUUGUUCCAGCGGCACGGACUCGGCUCUCUUCUUAGAGGUCAGCCACGUGGAGUUCAACCAGAUAGGCCGAGUCAUCAUCGACAAGGUCCGAGCGCGCACGCGCCAGCCGAUCAAACCCCUCCGCUCCCAGAGCGUUGAGCUGUCCUGCGCCUUCCCCUUCACGGAAAGAGAUUUCAUACGAGUGGAUUUGCGGUCUCCUCACGCAGCACAAGAUGUGAAGAGCUCUGGACCGCUCUACCUGUCCCGCAUCUUCUCCUACAAGCUGCUGGUGGAAAAUGCCAACGCUUACAGGGGUGGUUGUGAGGGGACUGUGGCCGUUAAACUGAUAACCCCGCCUUGUGCUCACGUCAAUGGGAGAGUAUUGCUGUACAAGGACGCAGGUGUUGGGAUGCAAGCAGGUGAAACAGCCGUGAUGGGGUUCGGAGCAGAGGAGCCCUCGUCUCCUCUGUUGGCCUUCAACUGGCUGACCCAGGGAGAGAACCAGACCGAAUUCAACUGCUCCGUGUUUCACACCGGGAGGAAUAAGUACUGCUUCCGCUUCAUGUUCAACUUCAGUCGCUCCCCGAGUCCUGCACAGACCUGUUUGGUGGUUCACAGGAGUGCAGAGUCAUGGGGUCCAUGGCUGCCGUGGAGUGGGUGCAGCGUGGGCUGCGGAGAGGGCGUGAGGGAACGAGUGCGUGAGUGUUUGCUGCCCUCUGGUGUGGAAGGGAUGCAGUGCACCGGCAUGGUGAAGGAACAGUCCCUCUGCUCGCUGGAGGACUGUGUGGCGUCGCCCGCUCCUUUCCCGUCCCGUCCCCCCGUGGGUGUCGGAGUCGCGACCCUAAGUGGUAACAUGGUCGUGGUGGCUGGCAUCUCCUUUUGCCUGGCUGUGAUCCUGGCUACUGUUCUGGUCACUCUGUGGAGGAAGCUCUGCCGGGCCCCUCAGUGCAGCUCCGUGCGCAGAGGCUCCAUGCACUCCCCCGGAGGACGCAAGCUCUCCGACGAGGCGUCCAUCUGCGGCCACAGCCUCCAGAGGCCCAGCCUGUCCGAGGGCCUGAGCCCGCUGGGGGGCGGGGCUGUGGGUGUGGCGCACAAAGACAGGCCUUCCUUGUGCGGUCCGCCUCUCUCACAGACUCUGGUGGACCCAGAAAGGCUGUCCCCCACAGGGCAGAAGUUGCUGCCGCCGAUAUUUGGGUACCAUUUGGCUCAGCAGCAGUUGAGAGAAAUGAAGAAGAAGGGGUUAAAAGAGGCGACCCAGCUGUACCACGUCUCUUCAAGCCCAGUCCAUGACACCAUGUUAGGGACAGCUGCUUCCCCCACAAACAUUCCCACGACAACCGGAUUCACUCAACCCACACUCUCCGUGGGUCCCCAGGGCGACGCCAGCCACAGUCAUUUCGGGAUUGCAACUCCCAUUUCUGAGCUGCCAUCGGGGACAACUCGGGUCACGCCGGACAGAUCGAGUCCCAGAGUGCAGCUCGUCUUAGGUCCUUCUCCUCAUGCAACUGGGGGCAGCGCGAAAUGGCGUGACCGCACUGCUGACUGGGUGGAGAUGGUAGAGAGGAGUGGUUUUGCAGGUCUCAGAGGAGGAGGAGAAGGAGGAGAAGCAGGGCAGAGAAACUCCUUUAAUAAGAAUCCAAAUUUCCGCCGGACUUCCAGCUUUAAUGACACCAGACCCCAACCUCUUUCUUCUGUGCACCCCAGACCAUUCAGAGAAAGGAGCAUGACCCAGGUGGGAUCUCGGACCCUUCCUGAAGGAAGUUGUUGGAAUAAAAGAGGAUGGGAGAGGCAGCCAUACAGCUCUUACCCCAUUCCAGAGCACGGGGCCCCUGAGUGGGCUAAAUUCGGGCCCCAGAGAAAUGAUCAAAGGAAGCCCUGGAUAGAGACAGCUGCUCCUUACCCCGGCAAUGACCUCAAACACGCAGGCACCAACACACGCAGCGUCUCUGCGUCUGAGAAACACGCCAAAGCAGAAGGCAGCGGCGCUCGGGACAGGCGGUGCAGCGGUGAGGCGGGAGGUCGGGUGGGAAUCUCGGGGAUCGGGGGUCCAGCCGCGGGCCCCGACAGCCUCAGCGUGGAUCGCGCCGAGCAGAACUGGAACCGCCGCGGCCCGUCUCCUAUCCAGAGGAACAUCCUGGCCCGGAAGCUAAAGGAGGCCCAGUCGUGCUCCGGGGUCAAAGGGCGGCAGCGCAGCGCCACCUUCAGCGCGUCGCCCGCAGAGCACAAAAAAACUCGCUGCCACUCUCUGACGAUGUCCGGAGGUGGAGGCUCGCCCUACAGGCUGAGUGAGGCCGAGCGGAGGAUGCUGGACCUAGACCUGUCCUCAGCGUAUGUGGGAGAAGAGGAGUAGGGGUUUGUGGUUCUGCACCGGGGAGGACCUUCCAUCGCCAGUCACAUGCAUUCUCAGCCCAAUCCUCUCUCCUGGAUCUGUGCCCUUUAAUCCGAACACAGACACACAGUAAAGAUUGUAUUGUAUGUCUUCUAUGUGACCUAAGCAACGUCAAGGAUUGAUUGAUUGAUAGAAGGAUUGAGCAGUAAGCAGCUAAAGUAAUAUUAUACCUUUUAUACAAAGCACCGUUUCCUGGAAAGUACAAGAUUCUUUACCGUCAACAUUUAAGUAGGUUUUCAAAUGAUGAAACAAAGGUUGAAGUUCAAAUGCAAAGAA